AUGUGCUACUAUCUUCCCGUCAACUCACUAACUUGGAUAAAACCAAGCUAAAAUCCAAACACGCCUUAAAUUUUUACUGGGAUUUAAUCCAAGGUUAUAUUAUAAAAGCAGCAAAGAAAUUUAUUCCUGUUCACCACUCUUCACAACAUGCAUGUGACCUGAGGCCUAAAAUACUUAAAAAAGUUUACCAGCAAUUAUUAACCAUUCAAAAACUUGAAAAACUUUCAAAAAAAGCUUUACAUUCUGUAAUUAUUUCGCCAACCUGGACCUUCUUGUAUGAAAAAACAUCUGGUUUCUCAGCACAAUUUGCUAUUACUCUUCCACCGUCCAAAGAAGAAGAUCAUAAAGCUUAA